AUGUUUAACAGUUAGUAAUUACAUAUUUACCUAAAGAAUAAAUUGAUGGUGCUAUUAUUAAAUAACAAAAAGAAUUAAAAAAAAUUAAUCAAGCUACACAACUUUUAACAAGAUAAUUAAGAGCUAAUUCUAUGACUCAUAAAAAAGAAGUAGAAAAUAUUAAAACCUAAAAAAACUUUUCUAAAUUACCAUAAAUUAAAAAAGUUGAAAUCUCUGUUAAUUCAAAUAAUGAAAGAGGAAGGGAAUAAUCUUCAAAAUAUCGUAAAACACCAGGAAAUAAUGUAGGAAUCAUUACAUAAAGAACUUUAGAAAAAAAUAGUUAAAAAAAUUAAGAUGAAUAUGAAAAUAAUGGUUUCGAACCUUAUGAAUCUAAUAGAGAUCUAACAGAUAAAUUAUAAUUAUAAAAUCCUAAUGAAAAUAAUUUCUAAAAUAAUAAUAAUAAUUAAUCAAAUAAAUCUUAAUAACAAUAAAAUAAAUUAGUUUAAAUAGCAUAAUUGCCAUCAUUAUAAAAAAAAUACCAAAAAGAAAUUCAAUUAGUUCUUACUAAACCUAAAUAAAAUAGAAAUGAAAAUACAUCAUCAAAUACUUCUCAAUCUCCAAUUCAAUUAUAAUCAAGAAGUGUUGGUGCUAGAGAUACUCUACCACCAAAAAUUUAAUAAAAGAGUUUAAAAUUUGAUUUUAAAAAAUUAUCUUCUUAAAAAAUAGAAAAAUAGAAAUCAAAAGUAUAAUUUAAUUAAAAAAAUAAUGGAAGAUAAGAAAAUAUUCCUUUUUAAAUCAAAAUUAUUGAUGCUAAUACAUAAAAUGAAAAAAAAGAAGAAACUGAAUCUAAUAUUGCUAAAACCAAUACUAAAGUACCUGUAGAAAUUGUUGAAGAUGUUGUCUAAGACUUUUCUAAUGAAUCUGGAAUAUUUUAAAAUUAAGUAGAGACUGAAUAAAAUAAAAAUGAAUAAGAAAAAAUUUCACUUUAAGGAACUGCUUUUUUUAAAAUUCCAGAAGAAGAUGAACACAAAGAAACUUUUGAAAAGCUUGAUGAAAGCAAUCAGUUCAAAUAAGAAAGUAUAAAAAAUUCAUAAGAUAAGUAAGAUGAUAACAAUUUUAUUAAGAUGAUACAAGAAUAAGUUAAAUCUAAUGAUGAAAGGUUAUUAAAAUAAUAAUAAACUGAGUAAUCUAUCAACUUGUUAGAAAGUGUAAAUCAAAAUAAUUUGAUAAAAGUUAUAGAAACAAUUGAAGCUAAAACUGUGAAUGAUAAUAUUGUAAAUCCAUUAGAAGAAACAGAUGAUUAAAAGAAAGAUUAAUAAGCUAACUCUUUAUUUAUAACUUUAGAAUAAUCUUAAUAAAAAGACUCUUAAGAACCUUAUUAAAAUGAAGGAUUUGAGUAAGAUUCAUGA